AUGGUAUUUUUAUUUAAAUGUUCAAAAAUCAAUAUUCAUUUAAACAAUCUAAUAACACCACUUUCAAGAGUCAUUACAAAUGUAUAUAAAUCUAAAAUCAUAGUAAACAAUCUUAAAACACAUUCUGGAACAAAAAAACGAUGGAAAGCAUUAUCUUCAGGAAAAUUUAAAAGAAGAAAAGCAGGAAAAUCACAUUUAAAUUCAGGCAUAAUUAUGAAUAUAGAUUUUGCACUUGGAAAAGCAACAUAUGCUGAUAAAGGAAAAUCAGGUGCACAAACACAACAUCUAAAACGUCUUCUACCUUUUGGAUGA